GGUCAUGUUUACAGAAGUGCGUGGAUUCGUCUGAUCGGCGAUCAUGAUUAUGCGGUUGCAGCUAUUUUAAAAAUAUAAAUAAUAAUGUCCCGACGACCUCAUGAAGACACGGAACCGCUGCUCCAUUCCACUCAUGUGGAUGAAGACGAUGAUCAGGUGACCAGCAAGAAGAAACUCACCUAUGAGGAGGCUGUUGAAGCAACAGGGUUCGGGCUCUUCCACUGGUUGUUGUUGGUCAUCUGUGGCUGGGCAAAUGCCAGUGAUGCUGUGGAGAUACUGUGUGUGUCUUUCCUGCUGCCCACCGCACGCUGUGACCUGCAUCUCAGUUCGGCUGAUAUGGGAAUUCUUACCGCCAGCAUAUUUUUGGGUAUGAUGGUUGGGGGUUAUUUAUGGGGUUACCUGGCUGAUCGUGGAGGACGGCGAAGUGUCCUGGUCGUUUCUCUGGCAGUGAACGGAACGUUUGGGGCUGCAGCCAGUUUAGCCCCGAGUUUUUGGCUCUUUCUGCUCCUGCGGUUCUUUAGUGGAGUCGGCGUAGGUGGAUCCAUUCCCGUAAUCUUCUCGUAUUUCACAGAAUUCCAGCCUCGUCUGCGGAGAGGAGCGAUGAUCAGCGCCCUCGCCACCUUCUGGAUGGCUGGAAAUAUUUUGGCUGCAGGUGUGGCUUGGUUGGUCAUUCCCAGAACAUCUUUGAAUGUUCAUCUGAGCUGGUUGGAUUUUCAAAGCUGGCGUCUUUUCGUGAUCCUCUGCUCGGUUCCAAGUUUGUCAUCAGCACUUAUCUUCAGACUCUUCAUGCCAGAAAGCCCAAAGUUCCUCAUGGAGGCUGGUCGUGAGACGGAGGCUUUAUCUGUGUUCCAGACAAUGUUUAGACUGAACAACGGUUUUGUCAUCAAACCAUUUCCUGCAACAGGGCUUGUGAUUCGACCUAAAGACGAUGGGGAAAAAGACAGACUCUGUUCAGGUUCAAGAUCUCAGCGGAUCACCGGACAUCUCAAGCAGGCAUUCGACCCCAUUAAACAGCUCUUUGUCGGACCACUGGCUUCCAGAAGUGUGGCUCUGCUUAUUAUAUUUUACUGCAUAUCAUUUGGGUAUUAUGGCUUAUGGAUGUGGUUUCCAGAGCUUUUUAAGAGGAUAGAAGAUGGAGGGUCUCCAUGUGCCAACACAUCCCGAAUCCAAAGCUCAGAGAAUGAAAGCUGCUAUCCUGUCAAAACUGCUGUGUACAUGGAAGGUUUCAUAACUGCAGCUUCAAAUUUGCCAGGAAACAUUUUCACUAUCCUCGUCAUGGACAGAAUGGGAGGAAAAAUUUUGCUUUCUGUCAGUUUGCUGGUAUCCAGUGUAAGUGUAUUUAUCAUCUACGUGGUGAAGACCAAAUCUCAGAGUCUGAUCGUGUCCUGUGUGUUCAGUGGAGUUUCUGUUGUCUCCUGGAAUGCUCUGGACGUGCUGGGUACCGAACUUUACCCCACACAACUACGCUCCUCAGCUCUGGGAUUUUUCACCGGAGUGGGUCGUGUGGCGGCAAUCAUGGGAAAUGUAGUUUUCGGGCAGCUGGUCGACUCCAACUGUGCUGUACCUCUGCUGCUGGUCGCUGCGCUCCUGCUGGCAGGAGGAUUGGCUGCUUUCCGUCUGCCAAAAACUAAACAGACUGAACUCACAUAAUAGACUUGAUGGACUUCAACCAAAAUGAUUCCAAACAGGACCAAAGAGCCUUAUAUUUCAUAUAUUUCAAUUGUAGUUUUGUCUUAAUAAUACACAAGUGCACUUUGAGAGAACCUCUGCAGGACUGCAUUAAAACAUUAUUUCAAGUAAGGUUUUACAUUUGAUUAAAGGUUAUACAUAUUAUUUUAAAGUUUGAAGCACAUACAAAAUAAGGACCAUUUUAGACUAUGAAAUCAAUAUUUUUAUUGGUUUUUAUUGAUUGUUUCUUUAAUAAGAAAAAAAGUAUAAUUUAUACUAGAUUUUAACUUUGUGUAAUUGUUUACGAGUGCAACUAAGUUUGAAGAAGCAAUUUACGAUAAGGUUUUGUUUGUUAACAUUAGUUAACGCAUUAGCUAAUAUAAAUGAACAAUAAACAAAAAGCAUUUAUUAAUCUUAGUUUAUGUUAAUUUUAGUAUUUACUAAUACAUUUUAAAAAUGUAUCUGUUGUGUAAAAUUAGUUAAUGCAAAAUGAACUAACAUGAACAAUUGUAUUGACAUAAGCUUAUGCAGUCAUAAAUGCUGAUAAACUGUAUUGCUUAAUGUUCAUAUUAGCUAAUAAAUGUACUAAUAGUAACAAAUACAACCUUAUUGUAGUAUUCAAAUCUAUUUUAUCUUUAAAUUGUAUAAAUAAAGAGGACAUG